AAAAAAGAAGAAGGUAAAAAAGUAAAACCCUUUGAGGAGAGAAGCCAGCGCAUAAACUUAAACCCAGAAAAAUUUCCAACUCGCGGCCGAAUCUUCCCGAGAAAAAAAAUGAGCAAUUUGGGAAAAUCUCAAUCUUCAACCGAAGAAGAGUGUCUUAGUUUCUCAAGAUCCUUGUUGCAGCUAGGGCAUUGUAUUACUGGAUACAAUUGAACUUGUCCGAUCCAUAAAAAUCAGAACUUGGUUAAUUACUUAGCAGCAAUCAAUAUGCUUACUAGGUUCUGAUUUGAAACGUAUUGGGAGCUCUGACUUGUUUGGUUUUGUGGGUUCUCAUUUGAUUGAAAGAUAAAGCAAAAUGGCUUCUUCUACGAAAGGCUCUGUUAAGAAGGGUCAACCUUCGAUUAAGCAUAGUUGGAACUUAGCUGAGGCUAAGAGGAAGUUGUCAAAGAUUAGUGAUCAUCAUCAUCCACAUGUAGAGUAUGAAUAUGCUUUCCAGAGGGAGAACAUCAAAAGAGGAGAGACCAAGUUGAGUCAAAUUUUGAGUAGGGAUUCGUUGAUAUCUGCUGUUGACUUGAUGUGGGAUCGUUCGGGUUUUGUUUCUGGUGAGUUGAUUAGCUCAUUAAAGGAAAGAAAUUUAGAUGAUGUAAAUAGAGAUGAAGUUAGUGAGUUCAAAGUUUUGAGGGGUAGUACACAGUUGCCUUCUGAUCAGAAGGCUGUAUCUCAGUCGCCAUCGAGUACACAGCACAGGGUUAAGUUUUUGAGAGUGGCUGAGAAGAUGUGUAUUUCUAAUCCAUCUAGCGAAUCUUUCUUUAGUCGGUUUAGUCAGAGUAAUGGAGCCAAGUGUAUCAGUGGUUCUUGCAGAGAGUAUAGUUUUCCUUUUGAUGCUAGAUGGGAGACUGAAAAAUUGUAUAGCUGUAAGGAAGUAGUUCCCACUUGUACUAGGUAUCAAAGAGGAGCGGCUGACCGUAUUCCCAAUGUAGUCAGCCGUGAAGCAGAAUGCGCAUCAAGAAAUGCCAGUAGUUGUGAUUCUGUCAUUGUUACCACUGCUGCAGAGGGCCGCUCAACUCUUACUGAACCAAGGAUUCCUCUAAUAAGAGCUAGCGUCGCAGAAUCAUUGGUAGACACCACAACAUCCAGAUCUAAUGAUGUGAACUAUCUCUUCUUGCUUUACAAAGAUAGGUGUGCCAACAACAAAGGAGUGAACAUAAUAAGUUCAACAUGUAGCACGGACAGCGAUACUGAGGUUUCUUCUUCAGGGAAUAACUCAGACGAGGACAGCUUAUCUAUCGUUGAAAACAAACAUUUGCUUGAGAGAUAUGAAAAAAACCAAGAGACUGGAGUUUGUUCGUCCUCUGCAGAAACGCCUACUUACGCUUUUGCUAAACAGCGGCAUGCUUUUGCUGGUGCGUUGGCAGGCAUAAGUGUCAGUCUUUGUCUUCAUCCACUUGAUACAGUUAAGACAAUGAUUCAGUCUUGCCGUUUGGAGGAGAAGUCUCUAUGCUAUACUGGGAGAUCAAUUAUAUCAGAAAGAGGUGUUUCUGGACUUUACCGGGGGAUUGCUAGCAACAUUGCCUCAUCAGCUCCUAUCUCUGCCCUCUAUACCUUCACUUAUGAAUCAGUUAAAGGAGCUCUUCUUCCUCUUUUUCCUAAGGAAUAUUGCUCCCUUACCCACUGCGUAGCUGGUGGUUCUGCAAGCAUUGCAACUUCUUUUAUCUUCACGCCAAGUGAGCGUAUAAAACAGCAGAUGCAAGUCAGUUCACAUUAUCGCAAUUGCUGGACCGCAUUGGUUGGAAUCAUCCAAAAGGGUGGUCUGCUUUCUUUAUAUGCGGGAUGGACUGCAGUGCUAUGUAGAAAUAUCCCACACUCAAUCAUUAAGUUCUAUGUUUAUGAAAACAUGAAGCAAAUGGUAUUGCCAUCUCUAGGUCCUCUUGGUCAAUCGGCUCAACCCACGACAUUACAAACGCUCAUAUGUGGAGGCUUAGCGGGAUCUGCUGCUGCUUUCUUUACAACUCCAUUUGAUGUAGUAAAAACAAGAUUACAAACUCAGAUUCCCGGAUCUAGGAACCAGCAUCCUAGUGUCUAUCAAACUCUUCAAUCAAUACGCAAACAAGAAGGUCUGAGAGGGCUAUACAGAGGAUUGAUCCCCAGACUAGUGAUGUACAUGUCCCAAGGAGCUAUAUUCUUUGCUUCAUAUGAAUUUUACAAGAGUGUACUCUCUCUAGAAGCGGCACAGCCCAAUUCGUCAGCUCUCUCUGGCACAAAAACAAAGAACAAGGACAGUUCACCCCCAACGAAACCAUCAAGAUUGCAACAUAUGUAAUACAAAGAAUGGAAUAUUGUACAUUUUUUUUGUUUUUAUUUUUGUAAACUAUUGAUUUGAUUAAAUUCAUUUGUGCAAAGUCCUUUUUUGA